CCAGUACAUCCCCCUGGACAGGACACUAGUCUAUCUCCUGUUUCUGUAGUGAGACAGCUUGAUGUACCAGGACACCUCCUGGACAGGACACUAGUCUAUCUCCUGUUUCUGUAGUGAGACAGCUUGAUGUACCAGGACACCCCCUGAACAGGAUGCUGGUCUAUCUUAGGGCCUUAUCCCCAAUCCAUCUCCUUUCCUUUAAGAAGUGGUGUUAUUAGAUUAUAGACAAACCACCAUUAAUUACUAUCAAUGUUCUCCUGUGUAGAAAAGGCUGGGGUCACGCAGGGCAGAUUGGACUGAAGCCAUUUUAAAUAUAUUCUGUGUAUCACAUGAGUUGAAUCAGCUCCUUGUUGAUUCAUUUCCUCAUUUUCAUAUAAAAAUCAGAAACCACCACAACCUCCUCUAAAGACAAAGAUGCUGAAACCCACCCGUAGAAAUAUAAUGAACUAGAACGUACAUUCACAUUCAAAAACCCACCCAUAGAAAUAUAAUGAACUAGAACGUACAUUCACAUUCAAUAACCCACCCAUAGAAAUAUAAUGAACUAGAACGUACAUUCACAUUCAAUAACCCACCCAUAGAAAUAUAAUGAACUAGAACGUACAUUCACAUUCAAUAACCCACCCAUAGAAAUAUAAUGAACUAGAACGUACAUUCACAUUCAAUAACCCACCCAUAGAAAUAUAAUGAACUAGAACGUACAUUCACAUUCAAUAACCCACCCAUAGAAAUAUAAUGAACUAGAACGUAUGCUUCAACAGACACGCGUAAUGUCCUGUUAUUCUACUGUUUCUACCCUCUAACCCGACCGUGUUUGUCCCCACACAGAAAAUGAUGCCUACAGUUUUGGGCGCACCACUUUAGCCAAUCUGGAUGCCAAUAACACGCUGCUGUGGCUCCACACCACCUUUGCGUUCCUUUACCUGUUGCUGACCGUGUACAGCAUGAGACGACACACCUCCAAGAUGCACUACAGAGAGGACGAUCUGGUGAAACGCACUUUAUUUGUCAACGGGAUCUCCAAGUAUGCAGAGGAGAAGCACAUCAAGCAACACUUUGAACAGGCCUAUGAAAACUGUUGCGUUCUAGAGGCUCGUAUCUGCUACGAUGUGGCCAAGCUAAUGUCCCUCAACUCAGAAAGGAAGAAGACCGCGCGUAGCAAGAAGUUCUUUACAGACCUGCAGUCCAAGGAGCACAUCCCUACCAUGAUCAACCCCAAACCCUGUGGUCACCUCUGCUGCUGUAUCAUCAAGGGCUGUGAGCAGGAGGAGGCAGUGAGUUACUACACCAAGCUGGAGUCCAAGCUGAAGGAGGAGUACAGGAGGGAGAAGGAGAAGGUUAACAGUAAACCAUUGGGAAUGGCCUUCGUUACCUUCCAGAACGAAGCCAUGACCGCCAUAAUCCUGAAGGACUACAAUGCGUGUAAGUGUCAGGGCUGCCACUGUCAGAGGGAACCCAAGUCUUCCUCCUUCAGCCAGCACCUUCACACGUACUCCUGGACGGUCGGCUACGCACCAGACCCACAGAACGUCUACUGGGAGCAUCUGUCAGUCGGAGGGUUCCCCUGGUGGCUGAGAUGCUUCAUCAUCAACUGUAUCCUCUUCCUCCUCCUCUUCUUCCUCACAACCCCCGCCAUCAUCAUCUCCACCAUGGACAAGUUCAACGUCACCAAGCCUGUCGAGUACCUCAACAACCCCAUCGUGACCCAGUUCUUCCCCACCCUGCUGCUGUGGGCCUUCUCCGCCCUGCUACCCACCAUCGUAUACUACUCGGCCUUCUUCGAGGCCCACUGGACACGGUCUGGAGAGAACAGGACAACCAUGCAUAAAUGUUACACCUUCCUCAUCUUCAUGGUCUUACUGCUGCCCUCUCUAGGACUCAGCAGUCUGGAUGUUUUCUUCCGAUGGCUGUUUGACAAGCGCUUCCUGGCUGACGCUGCUGUGAGGUUUGAGUGUGUGUUCCUGCCUGACAACGGGGCGUUCUUUGUGAACUAUGUCAUCGCGUCGGCGUUCAUCGGUAACGCCAUGGAUCUGCUGAGGAUCCCUGGUCUGCUCAUGUAUAUGACCCGGUUGUGUCUGGCUCGCUCUGCUGCCGAGAGACGCAACGUCAAGAGGCACCAGGCGUAUGAAUUCCAGUUCGGGGCGGCCUAUGCCUGGAUGAUGUGUGUCUUCACUGUGGUCAUGACAUACAGCAUCACCUGUCCAAUCAUCGUCCCCUUCGGUCUGAUGUACAUGCUGUUGAAGCACCUGGCAGAUCGCUACAACAUGUACUAUGCCUACCUUCCCUCCAAGCUGGACAAGAAGAUCCACUCUGGGGCCGUCAACCAGGUGGUGGCAGCACCCAUCCUCUGUCUCUUCUGGCUCCUGUUCUUCUCCACUCUCCGCACAGGUUUCUCCGCCCCUACCUCUAUGUUCACCUUCAGCGUUCUGAUCAUCACCAUCAUCGUCUGCUUGUCCCAUGUCUGCUUCGGACACUUCAAAUAUCUCAGCGCUCACAACUACAAGAUUGACGUGGAGAAUGUGGAUGGGGUGGAGAACGGUCGUCCAGCACGAACCUCUCCCUCCAAUAAGUCAGCACAGAUGUACAUUGCCUCGGUGCUCCAGGAUCCCAGCUUAGACGAGAUGGGUUCGGCUGGCAGCGGGGUCAGCGAAGGCUCGCAGGACGAGGAGAUCAUCCAAGUGGGGAACAGCCUCAAUGAGGCCGACUUCCAGAGUGGCGAGGACAGUCUUCUCGCUAACGAGGUGCGGCACUGACGUGAGGGGAUGCCGGAGACGGUUGUCGGGAUGGAGACAGAGGACGGGGAGAGAGAAGAAGAGACUAAGGUGUAAUGUGACCGACAGGAUGGAUGCACUGAUCUAGUGAAUGAAGCUACGGAGCUGAAACGGACUGACAGACAGCUCUAUGAGACGUGAAGAGACCACUAAACCUUAAACACCUUGAGUCAAGAGAGAGGGACUAUUUCUCUGUCUACACUAACGAACACAGCAACACAAAUACCUUUCUCAUGCCUUUCACUCCUCUUCAGCUUAGGCCAUGGACAACAGUUCUCCAGCAUAUCAUCUCCCCCCAGAGACUACACUAACACCAAAAUGCAAAGGAGAGAGAGAGAGAGAGAGAGGGAGAGAGACACCUAGACUACUGAGAGAGAGAGAGAGAGAGGGAGGGAGAGAGAGAGAGAGACAGAGAGACAGAGAGAGAGAGAGAGAGAGAGAGACACCUAGACUACUGAGAGAGAGAGAGAGAGGGAGAGAGAGAGAGAGAGAGAGAGAGGGAGAGAGACACCUAGACUACUGAAAGAGAGGGAGAGAGGGAGGGAGAGAGAGAGAGAGAGAGAGAGAGAGAGGGAGGGAGAGAGAGAGAGAGAGAGAGAGAGCGCGCGCGCGCAAUGGACUACUGUCUACAUUAACUAACAAAGGAAGACUACUUACUAAAGACCUCUAUCAACAACUGCUUCACUAGGAUUCUACUCUAUAUACUAUGUACUCUAUGUAUGCUACUCUGACACUCAGACUCUACUGUAAAACACUAGGACUCUACUGUAGGACUCUAGUCUGGCGCUAGGACUCUACUGUAGGACUCUACUGUAGGACUCUCCUCUGGCUCUAGGACUCUACUGUAGGACUCUAAUCUGGCGCAAGGACUCUGCUGUAAAACUCUGGCGCUAGGACUCUAAUGUAGGACUCUACUCUGGCGCUAGGACUCUACUGUAGGACUCUACUGUAGGACUCUACUCUGGCGCUAGGACUCCACUGUAGGACUCUACUCUGGCGCUAGGACUCCACUGUAGGACUCUACUGUAGGACUCUAGUUUGGCGCUAGGACUCUACUGUAGGACUCUACUCUGGCGCUAGGACUCUACUGUAGGACUCUAGUCUGGCACUAGGACUCUACUGUAGGACUUUAGUCUGGCACUAGGACUCUACUGUAGGACUCUCCUCUGGCUCUAGGACUCUACUGUAGGACUCUAGUCUGGCGCUAGGACUCUACUGUAGGACUCUACUCUGGCGCAAGGACUCUGCUGUAAAACUCUGGCGCUAGGACUCUAAUGUAGGACUCUACUCUGACGCUAGGACUCUACUGUAGGACUCUACUGUAGGACUCUACUCUGGCGCUAGGACUCUACUGUAGGACUCUAGUCUGGCACUAGGACUCUACUGUAGGGCUCUAGUUUGGCACUAGGACUCUACUGUAGGACUCUAGUUUGGCACUAGGACUCUACUGUAGGACUCUCCUCUGGCUCUAGGACUCUACUGUAGGACUCUCCUCUGGCUCUAGGACUCUACUGUAGGACUCUAGUCUGGCGCUAGGACUCUACUGUAGGACUCUAGUUUGGCACUAGGACUCUACUGUAGGACUCUCCUCUGGCUCUAGGACUCUACUGUAGGACUCUAGUCUGGCGCUAGGACUCUACUGUAGGACUCUAGUCUGGCACUAGGACUCUGCUGUAAAACUCUGGCGCUAGGACUCUAAUGUAGGACUCUAGUUUGGCACUAGGACUCUACUGUAGGACUCUACUGUAGGACUCUCCUCUGGCUCUAGGACUCUACUGUAGGACUCUCCUCUGGCUCUAGGACUCAACUCUCUCUGAUAUCUUCCUUCAUGACGAAUCUAUCUAUUCUGAUGGCAAAGUAAAGCAGGGACACGUAGCAGUAGUUAACUCCCCUCUUCCAACUGUUGAUGUAGAGCUGCCUCUGAACUGAGGUUCGUGACUGUGACGUGAGAACAGCCACUCUCUAACAUUGUACCGGGAGCCCCCGCAGACACACUCACAACUGAGAUGGGAAGAAGAUUGCCUUGUCAUGCAGGGCAGGUUGGGGGGGGGGGGGACUAUCUUUCUGUCUAGAUUUCCUUAAAACUAUGACUAUUGCACUUGAAAGAGAAGGAUAGGUGUGUGUCUGUGCCCUACACUGGCUUGGCUUAGUGGGGUGAUGUGGCUGUGUCUCGCAUGUGUUUUCCUCCUCACAGAACCUCGAGUGUGGUUUGCUAGAGGUCUAGAAUAGCCACUCGGCCAUGCCUCGGACUUCAGAGGGGUUGGAGGGAUCUUUAUUUCCCCUAAUCUUUUUGCCUGUUCUGCCCUGCAUCCUUAAUAGUCUCUGCACGAGAGGCCGCUUCACAACAAGCAGCUUUAUAUGAGAAGACGGAGAUGAAAUGUCUGUCAGCGUCACACUGUUCGCCUGCUCUGGUCUCCCCCUACUCUGUCCCGACCGUCUCCGGGAGUCUCUGGGUGGUUCCAGCCCUGUGUAAAAAAAAAAAAAAAAAGGAAAGGUGGUCGCUAUGACGAUGACCGCUCUGUAACAAACUGAACUAACACUCCCUCACUGCUGUUUACUUUUUAUGUUUCGCUUUUUCCAUGUUGCUCAGCAACAAAAACUCGGGAUUUGUAAAAUAGCCUCUCUUUUUUUUUUUUAUUAUUGUAUUUAUUUUUUAGGCAUGGUUAUUUUAAGUUGGUCUGAGAACUUUAAUUACUUAACUACUGUUUAUCGACAUUAAAAUGACUUAACUGGAUGAAUGGAUCAUGUAACAUGGAAAUACUGUACCUCGUAAACAACACAGUUGCUCCGUCUUCUGGCCUGUUCUGCCCAGAGAAGUGGGACUGCGGCUCCAGACUGAGCCCUAAUGGAGCCCGGACAUAACUGAAGGUAGAAGACAGUCUAGAGCCCCUAGAGGAUAGGCGGAUGCCCCCGGGGAAGCACAUAUGAAGUGGAUAUGACAGCCCACCCUCUACCUUGUUUUGUGUCCCACAACUAUGGUUGCAAAAUUCACAACAAUUUUCCCAGAGUUCCUAGGGUUUUCACAUCUUGGUUCGAAGUUUCUUGGAAUAAGAGAUUUCUGGAAAAACCGAGGAACUUUGCGAAAGUUUCCGUAAUUUUGCUACCUCAGCCAGUCCUCCUCUCCCAGCCAGGACUCUGUGGGACAAUGUUCCUCUGUAGAGGGAGAACUCGACCCUUGAACUCUUGGUCUGUGACCUGUACAUGUAGUUCCACCAGGACUCCCUGUUAAUAGGGGUCGCGUUCAGCAGGGGCCCGUGGCACAACGUUGUUGAACGUUCAGAUACAUGUUAUGUAGAACAAAAUAUGCCUCUGAACUCUAUUCAUGACAUUUCUAUGUGCAACGUUCCACAACGUUUCAUAACGUUUGCCUACAUGAAUGUGACCCUGGCCCUUGCUCUUGACUGCCUGUCUCGGUGUUCACUAGUUCUAUCUAUCUCAUCGAACUGCUCUCAUAUCAUACUAGUUCCUAUACAAGACAAGCCUCUUUAUUUUGGUGUUUACGUCACUAUACUAAAGAUUUAUUUCACUGUCUGUUGGUUUAAACAUUUUGUUUUUUUGUGUGGGGCGGGAAACUGGAUAAGAAAUAAUGAGCUUUUAGAGGAUAGUCUACGAGUUACCGAGUUCUGACGACUCUAGGUGGGCUCUGAUUGGUUUAAGGAUGCCUAGCGUCAUCCAAUGACAACAUGAAUUGUGACAUCAGCGAGAUACUCUGAUCAUGUAGUGGUCUAUAUAUUGUAAAAUAAAAGUUCAAAUGAUCAUUGAGCGUUGAUAGAAAUGCCAAUGUCCCAACUGCAAUUAACACCGCUACAGUGCUGUAUUGUACGUGGUGUUGUUAAUCCCGUUGACAGGUCCCGUUUUAUAGAAAACAUCACGGCAGAACAGACAGGCGCUAUGUGGGACGCAGACAAUGAGUCUUAAUGCAGGAAGACGCGAUCAGCGGGUUUUUAAGAUCCUGGUAUUUUGUUUAUGUUGUUUCACUUGAACAUACUAGCAUACUAUCCGAUUUAUCAGCGGGGAAAAAACAAAAUGGAUGACACCAACUUUAUUGUUUUUAUAUAUUUUUUUCCUUCUCUGUAAUCUGCCGUUUUUUUAUUUCGAUUACUUCUUCCUCCAUAAUCAUGAUGUCAAUGUGCUCUCAAGUCGUUACAAUAUUCCACUGACCAGAACCAAUGAGCAGCUUCGUUUUCCUUCCAAAGUGAUGCCUUAUGGCAGAACAGAUCUAGCCUGGUUUAACCUCAGGGGGUCUAUUACAAAACAGAAUCAAUGACUUGAGCCAACUAUUAGAUAUACUAAUUAUAGAUUUUUCUGGGUGAUUUUAAGAAAACUAAACUCAGACGUGUGUUUUUGGUUGUGGAAUCAACUAGAACGUUCCCAUUUUCAAGCUCCAUCUUUCUAAAACAAUAAACAGUUAUUUCAGAAUAUUUAGGCAAGUUAGCUGGCUAACUCAUUGAUCUUGUUUUGUGGUAUUCCCUCCUGAGCAUUGUCUGGUUUAGCUAUGUGCAUAUCUCCUCUAUAACUGUCCUGUCAGAAACAUUUCACUGGUCCUGUUCAAAGUCUUGGUUCCACAUUGUGGAAACGCAUCAAUAAAUAUGAAAACAAAAUGUCCUUUGAAAAUGUUUUCGUAGCACUAAUUUGUGCAGUCAGUCAGUCAGUCAGUCAGUCAGUCAGUCAGUGGGCUGAACCAUACAUGGUAAGCAGGGGUUCCUAUUAUAUGCAUAAACCAAGUAACAACUCUAGUGUCUCGUACACAUUUAAUGUACUCUGUAGUACUUCUAUAUAACUAGUCCGAUGUAGUGUCUGAUUCUGUACAGUAAAAUGAUGCACUCA